UUCUCUCUCUCCCUAACUAUAUCCGAUAAGUGAUAACAUCAGUUUGUAGUUAGAGCUGAUUCUACUAAAAUGACGACAGCGUCUUUUUCAUCAUUAGGAUCAUUCCCACGUACCCAAAAUUCAUCAAUUUUUACCAAGACUUUUUCAUCCACGUUGGGGCAACGGCAAUUUGUAUGUAUGUCAGUUACUGAACCCAGUGUAGACUUAUCCAGUUCCUCUGAUGCUACUGAAAGCUUGGAUUGUCGAGUAGUAGUAGAUCGAAGAAAAGUUUUGCUGUCAUCAGUGGGAUUUUUAGCGGCAUCUAUUUGUAAUGCUAGAAAGGCAGCAGCUGAAUUUGCUGACAUGCCUGCAUUGAGAGGAAAGGACUAUGGGAAGACAAAGAUGAGCUAUCCUGACUAUAAUGAAACUCAAUCAGGUCUCCAGUAUAAGGAUUUGAGAGUUGGAAGUGGCCCCACUCCGAAGAUCGGAGAGACAGUGGUGGUUGACUGGGAUGGUUACACAAUAGGUUAUUAUGGUCGGAUAUUUGAAGCUCGUAACAAGACGAAAGGUGGUUCGUUUGAGGGGGAUGAUAAGGACUUCUUCAAAUUCAGAGUAGGAUCUCAAGAGGUCAUACCGGCAUUCGAGGAAGCUAUUACUGGCAUGGCACUUGGUGGUAUCAGAAGAAUCAUAGUUCCUCCGGAGCUGGGAUACCCUGAUAAUGACUAUAACAAGAAAGGUCCAAGACCAACGACAUUUUCGGGACAAAGAGCUUUGGAUUUUGUGCUGAGGAACCAAGGAUUGAUUGAUAAGACGCUCCUGUUUGAUAUUGAGCUCAUCAAAAUCGUACCAAAUUAAAGUUCCUUUUUGUUCAAUUUUCGCCAAGGCACCCUAUAUAGCUGCAAGAUUAACUUCCACAUGGAUGAAGGGAAUACCAUCCUAAUGAAAGACUGAUUCGUUCCUUAUAGAGGUUUAAGUUUUUAUUUUCUUGUCUGAACACAUCAAAUUGUUGAUAGAUUCAUUUUGGAAAGCACGGUGAUAACAAUAUGGUGUCUAGGUCAUGUUGAUGUAACAACAUCCCAUGUGUUAAAAUAGAUUUUUGACUAUUUCUUGUGAAAGUGAUCUUUCAGG